UUUACACUAGGAGGUGUAGUGCUUUUUGCUGAAGUAGGGUUUAAAAGCUAAGUCUUUCUCCUAAAGUUGGAUAAUAUCGCUGACUUGAAUAGAAAGAUGAUAUAUCGCGUUAUUUUUAAUUAAUACAAGUCGUAUUCAUCCUAGGUUUUUUUUUUUAAAGCGUGUUUUGAUGCGCGCCUCCCCCUCUCUGAUUUCGUGUUUCAGUCGUCCUACACACUUCUCCAUUCAUAAAAAAGAGUCGGUUUGCGAAGUGACUCAGACGUGGUCUGUGACAUCAGUUAAAACAUCGGGAAAAAAAGGGGACUGCUAUUUCUUUUUUGGAGUGGAAAAGUUAAAAAAUAAUUUUAAAACUUAAAAAAAAAAAAAAAAAAAAAAGGUUUACCUGGGAGAAUAUGUAUCGCGGCUACAGCGGGCACCACGGCGGCGGCAGCGGUGCUCAAUACCCCGGCGCUGGCGGGAGGAACGACGCGGGCAGCGCCGGGGAUAUGAACGCAGCGACCACGACGUCACAGCAGCAGAAAUCCAGCCCUGAAACGCGGUCCUGCGCUGGACAGUUCGUCCCCAGUCUGAACACUAUCGCCAGCAGCCAGGAUCUGCAGUGGAUGGUCCAGCCCGCUGGAUUCAGCACCAGCGUGUCCGGACAGCUCCCUCGCUCCCGGCCGCACUACCCCCUCGCCCACUCCUCGGCCCCCCACCCGCAAGCCGCUCAUCCACAGCCGCGGCUCUCCGGCUUGGGCCGGCAGGGAGUGAUCAGGUCCACGGGCUUCAGCGGACGCAGGAGACACGACGACUACCUAUGCCCAGAGGAGGCGGAGAGGCGGCGGGUGAGGAGAGAACGGAACAAGCUGGCAGCUGCCAAGUGUCGAAACCGCCGGCGGGAGCUCACCGACACCCUGCAAGCUGAGACCGAGAAGCUGGAAAGUGACAAAGCUGCCCUGCAGAAGGAGGUCUCCGAGCUGGAGAAGGAGAAGGAGAAGCUGGAGCUGGUGCUGCAAGCCCACCAGCCCAUCUGCAAGAUCCCCGAGUCGGACGCGGACUCCGACCGGACCCCCGAACCCCAGGGAGCGGUCAAGACCGAGCCGGCUGACCUCUCCACCACCCGCAGGGACCGGACAACCACAGUGCGGAAAAGAACGCCGCUCCCUUUCUCUCGAAUGCCCCCCCAGGAUGAGGAGCCCGACGCCCUCCACACCCCCACUCUGAUCACCACCCCCUCCCUCACCCCCUUCACCGCCAGCCUGGUGUUCACCUACCCCAGCACCCCCCUGGACGCCCUCCCCUCCUGCUCAUCCUCCGCCCCACUCCCCCCUGGAGAGGCCUGUGCUGUGGCUCACAGGCGCGGCAGCAGCAGCAGCGGAGAGCAGUCCUCCGAUUCGCUCAGCUCUCCCAAGCUGCUGACUCUCUGAGCCCAGCCCCCAGGGGAGGAGCCUGUGAGGGAGGGAGGGAGGGGCCUACGAGGGAGGGAGGAGCCUAACGAGGGAGGGAGGAGCCUGCGAAGGAGGGAGGUCAUAGAUGACAACCCCAAAAUGGUCCCAUAGAUAAAGGCAAUGAGUGAACGAAUGGAUUCAAGAAUGAAUGAGUGGUGGAAAUGCAUUGAAUUCAAUGAAAUGUGCCUUCUAAUUAUAGUUCUGAUGCACAGUUCACACACCCUGGUCUUGUCUCUUGUAAAACGCUUUGUGAUGGUGCUCCACUAUGAAAGGCGC